AUGCCUGGAUUAUAUGAGAAGUUGAUAUUGGUGGCAGCAGUGUCCUCUCUGGCUGUCUGGGCUGCGGCAAGGGCGUCCCCGGUGGUGAGGCCGGAGCCCAUCCGCUGCCUCCCCUGCACGCAGGACAAACUGGACAGCUGUCCCGCCAUCCCAGCAGACUGCCAGCAGGUGCUGAGGGAGCCCGGCUGUGGCUGCUGCAUGGCCUGCGCUCUUGAGAGGGGAGCGUCCUGCGGGGUUCACACGGCCCACUGUGGCGAGGGUCUCCGCUGCACUCCCAGGCCCGGCGAGGCCAGGCCGCUGCACGCUCUGACCAGAGGACAGGGGGUCUGCACUGAAGAUCUGGGCCAAGAGGAAGCUGAUGGAGUGACUGGCCACGGCUCCCUGCAAUACCUGUUGGGUCUCAACGUCCCCGUUGACCCCCAAGACACCGUUGAGGGCCAGGAAAGCAUCAAGGCCAAGCUCAAUGCCAUCCGCAACAAACUGGCACACGAGGGACCCUGUCACAUUGACCUGCACGCAGCGCUGGACAUGAUAACCAGCUCUCAGCAGAAACUGGGAGACAAAUUCACAACUUUCUACCUCCCCAACUGUGACAAGCAGGGCUUCUACAAGGCCAAGCAGUGUGAGUCAUCUCUGGUCGGGCCGCCCGCUCGCUGCUGGUGUGUCUCUUCCUGGAACGGGAAGAAGAUCCCGGGAUCGAGCGACCUGCUCAGUGACUCGGAGUGUCAGCAAGAAGUCACUCACUGA